UGUCACAUGUGGAUUUGAUUUUCCAUCCAGUCAUCUCAGGAGACAUCUGGGAUCUUCAUCCCUUAUUUUCAUGGGAACCAGAAACAGCCGAGUGAGAGGAUGAAUUACAAGUACUUCCGUUUGGUUGUUCUUUUGACGGUGCUGCAGAGUGGCAAGGGUGAAGACUACGUGGUGGCUCUGGCAUAUAGAGGCAAAUACUCGUACAUCAGGUACACAGCUGGAGAAACCGGGGGCCUGAUGGAGAUACAGUAUCCACACUUCGCCUAUAGAACAUCCAGUGAAGUGGGUCCCUUCAAUGGGGGUUCACGCAGUGUUACCGAUAAGAUGAAAAUCACUAGUGUUGUAGAAAAUACAGCUGUCGUUGUAAGCGGAAGUGACGAAGAUGUAAAUAUUCUGGUAGAAGCUGAUGGUUUAUUCUCUCCAUUUCCUGUAUCUGUCCUUGGGACCAAGUACUUUGUACCUUCCAGUCUUGCACCUAACAGUUAUUAUCGAUCCUUGCUACUGAUAAUUACACACAACAUGAGCACUGAUGUUAAACUAUUAUUUCAAAUGGGAAAAGGAAGUGUUUACUUUGUCAACUACGAAUAUGGUGACGGCGAUACUCUGUCCAUCAAACUUGAUCCAUAUCAAACGUUGAUGAUAAACACCCCACAUGAUCUGAAUGGAACAGUAAUUAACAGUGAACACAAUGUGGCCGUCUACAGUGGUAUAGACUAUGCCUCGAAGUACACUGUGUAUGACCAACUAUUGCCUGUCAAGCACCACGGACAGGAGUAUGUUGUUGCUGUUGAUGACACCAAGCUGGAGCUGCAGAUCAUCAGUGAACACAGCCACGUGCACAUCACUUUCAGUACCGGGGCCACAGUCUCCACUGGUGAGCGUCGUCUCUAUAACCGCUCACUUCAACUGGGAGAGAGUCUUCACUUCACCACCACACACCCAGUACUGGUGACACUCAAUAAUAACUGUGAAGACAGCGAGAGUGUUGAUUAA